AUGAAAAACAGGUCGACCUUGUUCAUCCGCGCGACCGUAGUCACAGUCGACGCACAGAACACGAUCUGGCUGGACGGGGCGGUCUUGGUCAACGGUGACCGGAUCGCGGCGAUCGGGAAGAGUGCAGAUCUUUUGAGCCAAGUCCCUCCCAAUGUCGACGUCGUCGAUGUCUCUGGCUGUAUCAUGCUACCCGGGCUGAUCAACACUCACGCUCAUCUGACCCAGUCCCUCUUGAGAGGUCUGGCCGAGAACGUGUCACUGCAUUCCUGGCUGUGCGAUUCGAUCUGGCCUCUCGAGGCCAACUAUGAAGGAACCGAUGGCUAUGUGGCCGCUCGAUUGACCAUCGCCGAGAUGUUGAAGGGUGGCACGACCUGUUUCCUCGAAGCCAUGUUGACUCAUAGAAGCGGGUUCGACAAUGUGGUUCGGGCGGUAGAGGAGAUGGGCGUGAGAGCUUGUCUGGCUAAACUUGUCAAGCCCGAAACGCCCGGCGUUCUGAUCGACGUUCGCGACAGAGACGUCUCUUGCAUGUCUAUAGAAAGCGCCGUGGCCGCGCACAAGAGAUACGACGGGUCCUACGGAGGACGGCUUCGCGUCUGGGUAGCCGCCGGCACCCCAAGAGGCUCAGGCGAAGCGUCUCACAGGGCGAUCGGGGAUUCUUGUGCCCAGCACGACAUUUCUCUGACGAUGCACUGUGCGGAAGCACCGGCGGAUCUGGGCAUCUAUCGCGACAGCUAUCAUUGUUCGCCCGUCGAAUUUUGCCAACGCACUAAUCUGAUCGCUGGUCAAGGACAGAGCCGGAAGACUGUGUUGGCUCACAUGGUCAAUUUAGAUCUGGAGAAGGAUCUGCCGAUCUUGCAAAGGUACCAGCAACAACAAGAUCCAACGUCGCAAGAGGAUGUUGACAAACAUGUGGGCCUGGCAUCUCGUCCGUCGGUGUCGGUCGCUCACAAUCCCAGCUGCAACUGCAAGGUCGCGUCAGGCAUUGCUCCUGUGCCUGAACUGCUCGCGGCCGGCAUCAACGUCAGCCUGGGCACCGACGGGGCACCGUGCGCCAACACUUACGACAUGAUCCAGGAGAUGAGGACGGCCGCCCUGAUCCAAAGAGGCAGCCGGAACAUAGCAUCGCUCAUGGAAGCGGAGCAGUUGAUCCGGAUGGCCACCAUCGACGGAGCCCGAGCGUUGGGUCUCGAAAACGACGUGGGAAGUCUCGAAGUGGGCAAAAAGGCCGACCUUGUCGUGCUGGACACCUCAAGUCUCCAGUGUUGUCCGUUCGACCCGGACCAGGUGCCGAGCGGCGGUGUCGACCCUUUGACCACCGUCGUCUACUCUUGCACGGCGGCCAAUGUCAAGACUGUGCUGGUUGACGGACAGGCCGUGGUGAACGACGGCCGACUUGUCGUCGCAGACGAAACCCAGAUCAAGGAUGCUGCGCGAAAUGUCAUCAGACGCAUCCGCGAAAAGUCGAGCAUAGCUGCAUUGAAGCCACAGAGAAAGUAUAAAUGA